AUGCUCUGGGCCCUAGCCCCUACCCCAGCUAUGGCUCCUGGGGCUCCCUCAUCCAGCCCCAGCCCUAUCCUGGCUGCCCUGCUCUUCUCUUCUUUGGUGCUGUCCCCGGCCCUGGCCAUUGUGGUUUACACAGACAGGGAAGUCUAUGGUGCUGUGGGCUCCCAGGUGACCCUGCACUGCUCCUUCUGGUCCAGUGAAUGGGUCUCAGAUGACAUCUCUUUUACCUGGCGCUACCAGCCUGAAGGGGGCCGAGAUGCCAUUUCGAUCUUCCACUAUGCCAAAGGACAACCUUACAUCGACGAAGUGGGGACCUUCAAAGAGCGCAUCCAGUGGGUAGGGGACCCUCGCUGGAAGGACGGCUCCAUUGUCAUACACAACCUUGACUACAGCGACAAUGGCACUUUCACCUGUGAUGUCAAAAACCCACCAGACAUAGUGGGCAAGACUUCUCAGGUCACACUCUAUGUCUUUGAAAAAGUGCCCAUUAGGUAUGGGGUGGUGUUGGGAGCCGUGAUCGGGGGCAUCCUCGGGGUGGUGCUGUUGCUGUUGCUGCUUUUCUACCUGAUUCGGUACUGCUGGCUGCGCAGGCAGGCGACCCUGCAGAGGAGGCUCAGUGCCAUGGAGAAGGGGAAAUUUCACAAGUCUUCUAAGGACUCCUCGAAGCGCGGGCGUCAGACGCCAGUGCUGUAUGCCAUGCUGGACCACAGCAGAAGCACCAAAGCUGCCAGUGAGAAGAAGUCUAAAGGGCUGGGGGAGUCUCGCAAGGAUAAGAAAUAG